UUUGUUAAGUGAAAAUUUAACAAUAUUUUUUUUUUCUAUACCAUAUUCUCCGCUUAUAACAUAUUAAAUUAAAAAUAAAAACUUUAAUCAUUAAUUAUUAAGAGUCAAAUAGAAAAUUUAAUUUUUCUAAAAUAAUACUAUCAUACUUUAAGCACUAUUAAAAAGGGCAAAAAAUAAGCCAAACAAAUAUUUCGUGAAGGUUCACAAAACUUCAUUUUUUUCGAUAUACUUGUACAUAUUUGUAUAUCAGUGUACAUAUAUGCUUGUGUAUACAUAAAACUGUAUGUAUGCUGUCAAUAAUUUGGUAAAGACAAUUUGAUAUAGCAAUGUCACCUUUGGUCGAUUUGUCUAAUAUACGUAGUAUGUACUAUGUAUAUGGUAUACAUAUUAAUUAUUUAUAUAUAUAGUGCGUAUGUACAUCCAUAAACUUUCCGGUAGCCUAAAUAUUUCGAUACAGAGGAUAGAAAAUUUCUAAAAUUAGUCUGGAAAAUUAUUAAGUAGUGUUUUCUGGCAGACAAGUGAUAUCGUUUCAGAAGUAAAAGAGGCCAACCGCAGCAUUGUUUGGUAUGGAUAUUAUAAAAGCGGACUAAUUUAGAAAGCUUGCAAAAAAAUUUAAUAAAUAAUUAACAUAUGCAUAUACACAUGCAAACCUAGACAUUGACUAAAUUGCGAAAAAAAAUGACUUUUAUCGAAGAAAAUUAAAAUUUUUUGUACUGGAAGAACAUAUUUGUAGUAUAAACAGUAAAUACUGAAACAUAAUUUUCAAAUACUAAAAUAUUUUUGAAUGACUGAAUAGACGGAGGUUGAAACAUCUUGGCAAUCAUACUUUCGGCAAAUUAGAAAAAAUAGCCGAAAUUGAUAUUAGUCGCCGAAACAAAUUUGUGGUAGACUCACAGCGCUUUGUCGAUUUAUGGGGGUCUUUAUGAUCAACAUAGGUAUAGAACUUUUAGGUAUUACAAUGGACCGGCAAUUUAAGCCACCUUUCCCCCUUGGGAUGGACCUCUUAACCUAACUCUAUUACCAAUUCAAUACUCAUAAUACAGUAUGAAUUUAUUAAAUUUCAAGCGAACUGUUUUAUUUGCAUUGCCACUCAAAUACGUACAUUAGACUGGAGCGUAAAAAAACUUUUUUUUGCUUACCCUGAGGGUAAAAUUUGUAGAUUAUAAAAAAAAAACUUCUGGAGUAAAUUUAGAGUUAAAAUUUUUAUUUCGUAAAAAAAAUUUGAUAAGUGCUCAAGAAGCUGUGGAGAGUCCUCUUUCUGGCUAAUUAAAAGUUACCAACUUAAAAAAAUUAUUUGUGUUCGUUAUUGGAGUUUUAAAAAUAAGUCUUAAACGACAACAUGCUUUCCUUAAGCGUUAAAAUAAAUUUUGAGUCAAAAACCGUCAAAUUCGGUAAUUUCUAUAAAAAUGUGAAGAGUUUAAACCAAAAAAAAUUUUUUUUUUGUCCAAAAAAAGUUUUAACUCGAAAUUUACUUUAAAAGUUAGUGGGCCGCCUCUAAAUGUUAAAAAGAAAUUUUUUUAUAAUCUACAAACUUUACCAUUAGGCUAAGGAAAACAAAUGUUUUUGUUCGCUCCACCCGAACGUACAUCCUAGAAAAUUACUUUCGAAAAUUUUCAAAUUAGUAUUAAUUAGCUGAAAAGUUGAACGACAUUACCAACCUGUGCGAUCGACUUCAAACUCAUAUUAAGUUGUACAGUACUAAUACAUAAAUGCUGGUCAAUAAUAAGUUAAAACUGCACUUGAAACUUCAGUAGUGAAGUAAAAAUAUUUAAUAUACUUUGUAUAUAUUAAAAAUAUUUUUGUUUUAUAAAUUAUUCGAGGUCAUAAAGCAACCAUAUUUUUCUUUCGCGCAAAUUUGCCGCCUAACUACGGUCAGCUGAUAACAACUACCACAUAUACUAUGUAUUUUUCUACAAUAGAAAAAACCUUAGCGCUGUUGCAUCUACUACAAGGUGCAUUCACCUUUCAGGCUGCAGCAAUAACACAUUGCGUUUUUCGCAAAAAUCUUCUUCAUUUGCCACUCUGUCUGCAGUUGCAAAUACUACAACUAUUGUAUAUACUGCUGUACGUAUUUACAUAUGCAUAUAUGUACAUAUAUAUGUAUGUAUAUUAUGUACUUUCUGUCUACACAAAUUUGCUGGCUGAGCGCCCAGCUCACUUGCAUUUUCAUUGCAGACAUGCGCAAUGAAAAUGUCGUUACCAACACUCACCUUCAAAACCGGCAAAUAUGCUCAGCUAACAGCUGAUGUGGAUAAAGACGGGCAAAGCAAUGUCGACUAGAAUAUGUAGAAGAAAUGGUGGCAGGUGGCAGUUGGCAGUGGCUAGCUAGGCAAUUUUUCAUGUGCAAAUAUACUUAUGUACUAUGAGUACACGAACGGAUAUAUACAAGUAUAUUUGUGAAUUUGCAUUGCGGUUGCUCAUAUAUUUAUCUUUAGAAAAUCGUAAAUUGCAAAAGCUUCCAAAAACUCUACUAUUCGCAUUAGUAUCUGUACGAAACGAAUUUUAUAAAAUUUAAUACAUCCCUAAUACUAUAAUAAUACGUUUACUUGUGGCAAGUCUGAAGGUGUGGUAGAGUCUGAAAAUAGCUCCACAUUUUAGCCAUGAAGUGGGCAUGGUUUUGACUUUGAAAAUGCCAACUGAAGGGCAAAAUUUUUUAUGCUGGUACGCUUUUGGAGCCCCCUUCGUAUAUACAAACUUUUAUUGCCGCUUAACAACGUUUUGUUGUAUGUAUAUAUGCAUGUAUUCAUUUACCAAUGUAGCGGAAGCGAAAUUAGUGGGUGUUGGUUGCUUGUGAGGGCACACGUGCUCGAUAUGGUACUAUAUGGAACUGAAGGGAGUAGAGCGUACAUAAAUACCUCCAUUAAAUUAGAGAAGCAAGUAAGAUGGCCAUAUUUUUCAGUUGUAGUCAUAAUAUAAUUAAAGCCUUUCAGUUUUCUAAAACCAUAUAAUUUAUGACGAAAAUAUUUUUCAUCUUAAUUGAUAGCAAUAACUUGAAUAAAUUGCAAUUAAUGUUUAUUAAGCUGGUUGAGAUGUGUUGCGCUUAACUGAUAAGGUUUCUGUUAUCAGUAGACGAAGGUGAAAAAUAUAAAAAUAUGGAAUUAUGAUGUAUGUUAGGCACAAUCGUUGUAUGUAUAUAUGUAAAUACAUACAAAUAGCUAUAUCUUUUUCUAGGUCUUGACUAAUUGUGCUUGCACAGCAAAGUGCACGUUUGUUUACAUAUAACUUUCAACAAAAUAUUAUUGCCAUAUUUGUUUCUGAUUAAAAAUAAUAAUAAUAACAACAAAGCGUUUAAAAAAAAAGUUUCAGUACAUUUGGAAAAAGGUUCAGAAAAUGUAGCAAAAACAUAUUUUGCUACAUAUAAAAACUUAUAGUUAAUGUUUUCUUCAACUUCCGACAGAAUUAAUUAAUUCUGUUGCAAAUUGAAGUUAUCGAGUUACAUUUGAACUCAACACCCCUCUAAUAAAUUCUACAUUUUUGUGCCCACCCGAACUUUGCUUUAGAUAACCGUUAGUAUGUAUCAUUAGCAACACUUUUUUCUAAAAAAAACUCUAAAAAAAAGAUCAAUAAAAAGCAAUAAAUCGAUUUGAUAUUGAAUACUCAGGGUCAUAAUACUAGCAUAGAGUCAGAAACUCACUGAUAAGAUAACCACUUUUGCAAAUGUUGCAAACAAGAAAAGUAAACAACAAGCAAUAGUAGUUACUAUGUAUUUUUUUAGUAUGUAUGUACAUAUUUAUGUAACUAAAAUUUACUGCUAAUAAUAAACUAAAAUUAAUGCGCCAGUUCAUUCAGUAGGGGAACUAAAUCGACAAAAAUAUUUAUGCAGUUAAUAAUACACAUAACCGCACCUACUUACAAGUAUUUCAUACGCAUAACGGCUAUACCGGGCAAUCUUAUCACAAAAUUCCUAUAGACUAAAGUAAAUAUCAAACAAGAAAGUUACGCACGUGAAUUCCAAAGUAAGAGAAUGUCAUUUAUUUUUUAAGUGGCUAAAAGCACUUAGUCACAUAUGGUAAGUACAUAUGUACAUAUGCAUGCCUAAGUACCGAGAAAAACGGACUUUGAAAGUAUUAUUUGUUAAAAACGAUAAUUUUUUUAUUAGAUUGCGUACUUUUUUACACUCUGAACCCCGGGGUAUAUGUAUUUUGCCACGAAGCUUUUAACACCCAGAAAAAAACGUUUGAGAUCCCAUAAAUAUAAAUGAUCAGCGUAACGAGCUAAGUCUGUUUAGCCAUGUCUGUCUGUAUUUACGUGAACGAUUCCCGCAGUUUUCGAGAUAUUGAUCUGAAUUUUUUCAAUUUUUUCACACUCCCUAGAAGCUGCUCACAUGUCGGAACCAUAGAUAUUGUACCAAUAUAGCAUAUAUAUAGCUGCCAUACAAACUGAAUGAUAAAGAUCAAGUUUCUGUGUGGAAAGCUUUUUUUAUUUGACAAAAUAUCUUAACGAAAUUUGGCACAGAUUACUUUCCAAGACAACCCUGAAAUUUCCGUAAAAUAUUUUCAGAUUGGAUUAUUGUUUAGAGCUGUCAUUCAAACCGACCGGCCAAAAUCAGGUUUUUUUUUAUUUUCAUACUUUCAUGUUUAAUUUCAUAUACUUACAUAUGAAUGUACGAGUAUAUAUGUAUAUUAUAUUCCAAUUACGGAAAGCUCUGGAAAAAUUAAUAUAAAAAUAUUAACUAAUUCCACUUGUAGCAUGCAUUAGACGCAAGCCAUUAAAACUAAACAAUAUAGCCACUAAAUUGUUUUUGUUCGAACACUUGUUCGAGCUCAUCAUGGUAAUGCCAACGCCUGCCCAUAAUUAUCAUACAAUUUAAUUAUUAACAUUCCGCUUCAUCGAACUAAUGACAGAGAAAAUUUUCAUUUAUUUGUUGUUGUUUUUGUCGCUUAGCUAACAUUUAUUAGGCAUUCUUCAUAUGUAUAUGUUAUACAUAUAUCUAUAAAGCGAUUUUCGUCAAAACUUCGUGUAAAUGCAAAAAUUGAAAUAACCUUCAUGAAGGUCACCUUAACUUGCGCCACUUGGGAAAUUCUUUUUAUAAGUAUAUUGUGUUAUGAACUAAGAGCGAUAUUUUUGCAGUGAGUAGGUCAGCGUUAUUAUAUAUGUACACAUAACUAUAUAUUUUUGAUUGAAUAAACGGCACGUGGAAGCGUGGCACGCAACAGCACAGCAAUAACAGACUGCAGACAUGUGAUAAAAGCACUCAUGGCAUAUUGGUCACAUGAGCGCGGGCGCCAAGCAAGUGUGUGUAGCUAAUGGAUGAAAUAGAGAUUUUUGACAAGAGGGGCUGCAUGGAUACACAUACACAUAUAUACAUAUGUACAUAUAGAUAUAUACGAUAAAUGCAGUUUGAUAUAGACACUACUUUCAGACCUACGUUCUAACGUUAAAAUGGCUGGCGUAUCAGAAAAUCUCAUGUCCAAAGUAGCGGAAGUUUUACCUUCCGGCGGACGUAAAGUCAGCAUUGUCGGCAUCGGUCAAGUCGGCAUGGCUUGCGCUUUCAGUAUUCUCGCACAGAAUGUGUCCAACGAAAUUUGCCUUGUCGAUGUGUGCAAGGAUAAGUUGCAAGGUGAAAUGAUGGAUUUGCAGCAUGGCUCGAAUUUCCUUAAGAAUCCCAAAAUCACCGCCAGUACUGAGUACGAAGCAACGGCUGGUUCACGUCUAUGCAUCGUCACAGCUGGCGUACGUCAAAAGGAGGGCGAAUCCCGUUUGUCGUUGGUGCAACGCAACACCGACAUACUCAAGCACAUCAUUCCUAAGCUGGUGCAAUACUCACCCGACACCAUUUUAUUGAUGGUCUCAAAUCCCGUUGAUAUUAUGACUUAUGUUGCUUGGAAGCUAUCUGGUUUGCCAAAGAAUCGUGUCAUUGGCAGCGGCACCAAUUUGGAUUCGUCACGUUUCCGUUUCUUGAUGUCACAACGUUUGGAUGUGGCGCCCACCUCUUGCCACGGCUGGAUUAUUGGUGAGCAUGGUGAUAGUUCAGUUCCCUUAUGGUCUGGUGUCAAUAUUGCUGGCGUACGUUUGCGUGAAUUGAAUCCCAACAUUGGCACCACUGAAGAUCCAGAAAACUGGGAAGAGGUGCACAAGAAGGUCGUCGAUUCCGCCUACGAAGUGAUCAAGUUGAAGGGUUACACCUCAUGGGCAAUUGGCUUGAGCUCGGCUGCACUUGCUGCGGCGAUUUUGAACAACACCAGCAACAUUGUUGCCGUCUCCACAUAUGUACAGGGUCAACACGGUAUUGAUAUGGAUGUAUUUUUGUCCUUGCCGUGUGUGUUGAAUGCCAAUGGCAUCACCUCAAUUGUCAAGCAGAUCCUCACAACCACUGAAAUAGAACAACUGCAGAAAUCCGCCAACAUUAUGGAUCAAGUACAGGCUGGCAUUAACUUCUAAAGCGUCUGUAAUGAUAAAAAUAUGUAUGGAACUUUGCUAGAAGCUAUAUAAGCUUAGGAGAAUAAUAUGUGUAAAAUAAGUGUUUGUCUUGAAAAACUUACCAUAGUAUUUAUUGACUUAAUUUAAAUGUUUAAACUGAAACUCUCCGUGCUACACAUUUAUACCCAAAGUCAAGUUGUAUUAAUUUAGGUUAAACAUACAUAUUUGUACGUGUUUAAUUUAUGUGUUUAUUUUUACGUUUUUAUUUUAAAUGUUCCUAGUCUAAAAAUACAACAACACAAAAAUAAAAGAAAUAAUUUUUGUUUAGUAAAACAGAA